AUGUCGUUCUACUACGGGCGACAGCUGCAGCGAAGUGGGGAGAGCGAAGACGAAGAAGAUGAAGAGGAAGAGCGCUGCCACUGGCCGUUCUACCAUGUCGGGGCGCCGACCGCCGUGCUGGAACCCAGAGGCGAUCUUCUCAAGAAGAUGAGUCACUUGAUGGUCAACGUGGCGGAUCCAACCGAAGACCUCAACUCUUUUGGGGAGACAGCUGGGAUGCUGCCUGGUCUGCCAGGCCUCAGUGUCAACGGCGUCGGCUGCGUUUCGCUGCCACUGAGAGAAGAGAACGCAGCCCGGUUGAAGGCGGUGGGGGCUGUGGUGAAGGACAAUUUGUGGAUGUUGAAGCCUGCUCAAGUGGAGAUGAAGAACCACGAGUGGGGCCAAGGCAUCCACAGUUUAAGCAAGUUGUGCGCGGAGAAGUUGGGGUUUACUGGCGUGGCCCUCGUGCCGGUGUUGACGAUGCUACUGCUGUAUGGGAAGGGAGGGAGUCUGAGCAGACAGCAGGCUAAUGAUUCAACGGGGAGGUGUGUGGUGUCGGUGUACACCGGAGGAGACCUCAUUGUGAACGACCACUCUGGUGUGGAGGGCUUCCAGUAUGUUUUGGGGAAAGAAGAUGGCUCGGCGGAAUUCAAACCGCAAUUUGUGGUAUAUCCGACUGGUGCAUACGUUGCCGUUGAAGAAGUGACGAGUGGAUAUUCCUGCGAUGAGAAGGAGAUCGAGAUAAAUGGAGUGGAGUGUCUAACGGACUUGGAUCGUUCUCGUGUUCAGCUGCUGGUCGCUGCGAAUGAGCUUCUGCCUCCCCGGAAACAAUUGAAGUUUUAUGUUGUUCGCCUCUGUUAUCAGGGUGAGUUAUGGAGCAGUGAUGAUUCGGGUCCAUCUCGGGGAUAUAAGCGCUUUGCUGUGGUAGGAUGGCCAGUUUGCUCCGACAUCAAGAACAAGUUUUCCUGGAUAGGUGAAGUUUCUGCCGCGAAUGCGGUCUUGGCUGGUCAACCUGUUGAUCUUUCAGAUCUACAAGCUUUCCUUCAAUGUGAGAGCGAACAGCACACAGAGAAGACUACAAAUCCUCGCAGUUCAUAUGGAUCUGAAUACCCGUACGCUGUCGGAUACAGGUAUGCGUCGACUAACAGAAACCCUGAACUGUCUGCGGGGCGUCCCUUGUCUUUACAACUUUGUCAAGGCCUAUGUAGAGCCGUUGCCGAGUCAAACGAUGCCAGUCUUGUUGCCACGUUUUUCGGAACAUGUUUUCCUCGUCUGAAGGAAAAGCGGGAGCUGGUUUCAAAUACUGCCACUUUGGUGCGUGCUUUUGGGUGGGAAUCGGUCGGGGUGUGUAUUGAAAAAGCUGUCGAUCAACUCUCUUGUGAGGAGGCGAUGGGGUUUGCUUUGACAUUGCUAGAACUGCUGAAAGACAACUCUUCCACUCAAACAGCGCUCACGAUAUUUGUAAUCAAGAAGGCUAAAGAUAUAGCAACAAUCUGGAAACAUGCCGCUGCGUGUGGAAGGCCACAAGCGCUGCAUGACAUCGCAGAGAUUUUCCAGAAGAUGGAUGGUCAGCUGCUUCGACCUGUUGUAAGUGGGCUCUCCGAGCUGGUAAGCGGGGCUAGUCCGCAUGGACAACGGUUCAUUCUCGCAAUGAUCAUUGGCCGGCGUCGCGAAUGGCUGGCAGCUGAGAUUGCGGAUAUUCAAAAGCCGUUUACGUGCCAAGUUGUGGAUAGUAACUUUCCCAAUGCUGCGGAGCUCAUACAAUUUUUGAAAGGACCAAAUGCGUCGUCCCGAAGUCGCGUGGCUCUCCUCCAAGCCAAGAUAAAGCCAUGCCUCAGUAUGACCUCAGAAGGACGAGGGGUCCACGCGUUUGUUCGAAUCACGAAGACCAGUGGUAUGUUCGAUCCAAGACGAGGGAAACUACCAGAGUACAAUGCGGAGCAUUGUCAACUAAACCAGCUGAUGGCUUUAGUCGUGCCGGCCAUCAAACCCGCUACUGUCCUGAAUGCCAAGACAGACAUCACUACUGGCAGAGCAACACCUUUGGUCAGAAAACCCUCGGCUGAUUCCAGUGAAGUGACUAACAGUGCAUGUGGAGGCAAUAAGAGAACGAUUGCUCCCCGUUCUCGAGUGGAUGAUACCGUGUGCGUCGAUUCAAGUCAUAUCAACGUACAGAACUCUGGCCUUGAGGACGCUAUCGCUACGGCAAGUACAGGUCAAACAAGUAGCUCAAGCGUGCCCCACCACAGUAGCAGCAGUGACAGCAGUUUCAUCAUCCUGUAUCUACCCAUACCAAUUUCCCCGAAAGCGAGGAUCAUCCAGUCGAGCACCGCCGGCACUGUACAGGCUAGUGAUCGUGCCACCACUCGCUCAUCAACAAGUGCUGUCGCGCAAGUAAAGCAAAACGAGCCUGCUCUAGUUGGAAAUCCUGCCUCUGGAACCAAACAUGAAGAAACCGGUGGGAAAGUUGCUCAAGAAGGAUUCCGCAGUCCCAGAGGCGAUAACGCAGUUCGGAGUGGUCGCCUCUCAAACUUUGACAAGUCUCCCAGCAUUGGUGGUGGUGACCUCAGGAAUCCGGCUGUUGUUCUUCGCCCGACGACACGUGCAGAGUUGCCAGCAGAACAUCCUGAUACCAACGCUGAAAACCGCCACAAUAAUGCCUCAACGCUGAGUGCCCGCUUCCGAGGGCUAACAACAAUCGGCAAGAAGAGGCUGCGAGAAGAUGACCCGACAGCAGCUACCGGCUAA